ACUUCAGAUGGUUAUAAAACCUCAAAAGUCACUCAUUUUUUAAUAAAAUUUUGUAUAGUGUUAUAUUUUAAUAUACACUAAAUGUAUGUAAUUGGAAUUCAGUUGCAAAAUAAUAAUAGCUGAGUAAAAAAAAAAGAGUGAUAAGGUAAAAACAAUCAACAGUUAAUUAUCUCCCCUUGUUCCCAAGGAAGGAACUCUUCAUAUUAGAGAUAGAUUAAGUAUUAAAUAACAUUAGGAGGGAAACUACUUCAAACAACAAAGAUGACAGAAUGAUGACAGGACAGUUUAACCAAUGUGCAUUUGAUGAAAAUUGUAAAGGGACAGAGUUGUUUUCACUAAAAGAAUGUAACAAAGACACCAUAAGUCAUUUAAGAUUUUUCAAAUGUGGGACAGACAUGAAUAUUCCAGAAUCACUGCUGAUUCUGAAUCGUGCUGGGUUGGGUCUCAGACUUUCAAAUGUGAUUGACAAAUAUAUAUGCAACCAACACCGACAACAGUAUGGACUGCAGUGGAAGAGAAAGAAAAGAACUUGCUGCCAUCCAUUGCAUGACAUUGCAAAAUCAGCUAAAGUGGCCAGAGGCAUCAAUCUCACGCAAAGCAGGGAAAUUUGGCUCAAGUUUAACUUGAACAUAGCAGUUGGUUCUGGUGUCUGUCGCAGAUGUAUUGAGUCUCACAAGAAUGAGUUACAGAUAGGAACACAUAUGAAAGAAGAACUAAGAGAAAUAUGCAGUUUUCUUGAAAAUGCAACAGACAGGAUUGAUACAGUUGAAAAUGUAACUGGUACAAUAGAGCUUGUGACUGGAAAUGGUGAAAAUGAAGAAGACAACAAUUCUGAAGCUUGUUCUGCAAUAAGUAAUACAGAAUUUGCAGCUGAUGGCAAACUUGAAGAUAUCAUGAUGGAUACUGCAAUGUCUAUGGAUUCAGAACCUGAUUUGUUUUCAUCACAGACAAUAUCACAGGCAACAGCAACAUCAAGUUGGUCCAGAGAUGAGAGGUCACAGAAAGAAAUAUUUAACUGGGCAAUGGAAGUUAUGUCUAAUGGGCAGUACCCAACUCUUAAAUCUCAAGCAUCUAUUGAAUUUGAAGAGCUACAGUAUUCUACUAAAAUGUACUAUAUAAGGCAAGCACGUUCAGCAUUUGAAAUAGUGUGUGAAAACAUUGCUCCAUCCCAAGGUUUAGAACUGAUGACCCAAGUAUGCCAUAGCAUGAAAUUGAAGACCUCAGAAUCAAAGCAAAAAGAUGCAUUAACUGAGACUAUCAUAUCAGCUUACAACAAGGCAGAAGAUCACACUACCAAAGUCCAGGUUUUGUCUUUGAUUGUGGAGAAGUAUUCAAAAUCUGAACUUUUAUCCUUCAUUCAAGGAUUGACUAUAUAUAAAAUUGAUGCAGCAAGAAAAUAUGCAGCAACUCAUGGACCAGGACAAUAUGUAACUCCACCAAAGAUAACACGCAUACGCUUGCCAAAACAGAAAAUCCAUCAUUUCAUUGAAUUUAUUUCUUCCCCAUGCUACCUUCAAAUUGUUGGAUUUGGAUCAAGACAUCUAAAACUGUCAUCAGGCUUGGUUGUUAAAGUACCAAAAGUAAUAAGAACCAUGAUUGCAUCACGACUCAUCAAUGCUUAUACCAACUACUGCAAAGAGAACUCCAUCAUUCCACCAUGUAGAGCAACUCAGUUCAAGAUCAUAAAAGCUUGUGCUGCCUCACAAUUAAAAUCCCUACAUGGACUAGACAACUACAUUAGUGAUGGCAUGGAUAGUAUUGAUACUUUAAAGAAAGUGGUAUCAAAUCUUGGCACAAAUGGUAUGAUAACAAGUAAAGUAGAUGAUCUGAAUGAAAGUUUAGACACCUUAAAAUUACAUCUAAAGAAUGAAUUUCAAAAUCACCUGUCAUCAGAAAGUGAUUGCAAUGAACAUUGCAUUCACUUAGCAUUAUCAGAAAAGGGUUGUGAACAUGUGCACACAACAACAUGUCAACCUUGCAGUAGGAUGUACCAAAUUAAAGAUGAACUUCAAAACCUUAUGACCUCAAAUUUUCCAGACAUAAACUCAAAAGAAAAAGAGGAAUUUGAACAUGACAUCUCAGUGUCAACAGAAAAAAUUUGGGCAUGGAGGGAUCAUUUAAUCAGAACAGUGAAUCAAGACUCCUGCAAAAAGGACCUACUUCAAAACCUACAAUCACAUGAAGUAUUGAUUAUUGCUGAUUGGGCCAUGAAAUAUAUUCCACAAACUUUCCGAGAAACUCAGAGUGAAUGGUUUGGGAAACAAGGUAUCAGUUGGCACAUGAUCUGUGCCCUUGUCAGAAAACCACAAUCUGAAAAUGAUAGCAAUGAUGAAGAUGAUAAGAACUAUGACAUAUAUUCAAUGGUACACAUUGUAGAAGAACAAAAGCAGGGUUGGCACAUAGUAUCUCAGAUUUUCAGUAGUGCAUUUAAAAUGCUGAAGUCCAUUCAUCCACACCUAAGAGAUGUUUACAUCAGGUCUGAUAAUGCUGGGUGUUACCAUGCCUUACCAUUGCUGUCUUAUCUAUGGAAAUUUCGUAAUGAUUUGUCAUUGAAUGUAAAGCAAUACAAUUUCAGUGAAGCCCAGUCAGGCAAAGAUCUAUGUGACUCAAGGACAGGAACUUGUAGGCUUCAUAUGCUGAAUUUCAUAAAUGAAGGUAAUGACAUCACCAAUGGUAUGGAGAUGAAACAAGCUCUUGAAAGUCAUGGAGGUAUAAGAAAUACAUACAUUUCCGUGGUGACAGUAGCAUCUGAAACACAACCAGUUUUGUAUGGACAGAUAAAGAACCUACAGAUUUCAAAAUUCAAUAAUUUCAGCUUUGAAGAUGAAGGCAUGAUAGCAUACAAGGCUUAUGGUAUUGAAGGUGAACUUGUAAAAGCAACAGAUAUGACAAGAAUAUCCAACAAGUUGAUGAUAUUUGAUACUAAUUUGACAAUUGGAGAUCCAAAACAACCAGAAGAAAAACCAGCUUCCAAAAAAGCUAUUAAGCAGAAUUCUACUUUCCCAUGCUUUGAACCAGAUUGCCUUUUAGUAUUCAAGAAAGAAGACCAAUUAAUAACACACAUUUCCAUUGGUAAACAUGUAUUUGACAAUGAAAAAAUUGAUAAUAUUUCCGAUACAUGUAAAAGGCUAUGGUAUUCUAAAUGUCAGGAUAUUAGAUUUUUAAAUAAACCUUUGAUGUCUACUGUUGGGUCAGAAAAAAUGCAAGUUCAAACUAAUAACAAUUACAGUCAGGCUCCUGGUUAUGCAUUGAAAAAGAGGAAAAAGGCAGUCAGAUUUUCACCCAAAGUGAAGGAGUAUUUGAUUGUGUUAUUCAAUGUUGGGGAAGAGUCGGGGAAAAAACCUAGUCCAUAUACAGUUUCCAAACAAAUGAGAAAUGAGACAGAUUUGCAAGGAGAUAGAAUAUUCUCACCAUCUGAGUGGCUUUCCCAUCAGCAAAUUAGAAGUUUCUUUGGAAACCUGUGCAUGAAAAAACAGACAGUGGACAAAUCUAAAGAUAAAUCUGUCAAGCUUGUCAAAAUUGAAGAUAACCAAGAAGAUGAUGAAGACCUUCAAAAUGUUCUUAGCAGUUUAGAGGCAAAUGAACACAAUACUAUUUUGUCUGAAAUUGUUUCUGUAUUGACUGUUUAGGUUUUUGAUCAUACAUGUACCUUUGAAAUUGUUUUCAUCAUCAUUGACCUGUUAAUUGAGAAUUAUUUUAACAAUUGAUAUGAGAUAUAUUACAUUGAAAUUUAAGUAAACUCUUAGACUGUUCGAAAAAAAAAAAAUUUUGGAAGAGUUAUGGAACUUUGGCCAUACUAUAUUAAUUAUAAUACAACCAUGACACCUUGAUUCUUAUCAAUUAUGACAAUAGUAAUGAAUACCUCUAAAUAUCAUAUAUUUAUGCAUCCAAAGAUAAACAUAAGAUACUAGAUUGUACAUCAAUUUAAAAAGUUGUUUUAAAUAAGUGAGUACAGUUUGAUACAUUAAUCUUUUCUAGUUUUGUAUUAUGAUAUAAGGUUCAAAGAAAAAAAAAGAGUUUAAAACUUCCAAAAAUAUAAUGACAAGUCUUCAUAACAUACUGAUAAUUUUAUUGUAAAAUGAACAUUAUUAAUUGAUACUGAUUAAUUUAAUGUUUUACUCUCUUGUGUAACUUUAUUACCCUUUAUAUAAAUUUGACGAUUUUUUUACACCUGUUUUUUCACCUCGUCCAUUGAUCAAUGCAGAUGAUCCAUCACAACUUUGGAUCUAAAUGUUCAGCAUGUCAGACAUUUAUCAGACUAUCUGCAAGUGUGUACUGUACUCGCACAAAUAAUUGAUUUUGUAAUUGUAAUUUUAUCAACAGCAAUAAAAUGUGAUGCAAACGUCAUUUUUUUUUACCAUUCAGAUACACACUUUAUGUCCGCAAAACUUUGAUUUUUUUAAUAUGUUAAAUUUAAAAAAGAAUUUUUUUGGUCAAUAUUUUAUAAAGCUGACUUCAAUUUAAUCAUAUAACACUUUGUUAAGACUUAAUAACCUUUCAGAGUCUGUCAGAAAGGCAAAAAAAAAAUAUUACCUUGACCAGUUCAAGCCUCCCCUAAUGUUUAGCUAAGCUUCUCAUUAUUUUUCCAUUAACUAAAUCUUUUUAACUUAAAAGUACCUUCUUUUAAACAUGUUUGAGUUUGGAAUCUGUUUAAUUCAGCUCUUAAUUGAAAAUGCAUUAUUUUUUAGGUAUAUCAGAAUUUUCACUAUGUAUUGUCAAAAUGCCUAAAAAAGGGGGGGGGGCUUUUGCUGAUAUCAUAAUUUCUCUAAAAUUAAUUUGCAACAAAAUUCCAUUCAUUACAGUUUAAAUCUUUGGAAAUGGAAUGCUUAUGAAAAAAAAAUAGAUCAUUUAAAGCGUUUUUUGGGACACAGUGCCUGUUUUUGUGUUUUUAGCUAAAAAAAGUCAUAUUUGUAAACAAUUAUGCAUUUUCC